UAAGGGUUGCUACGCUUCCAAAUUCUGAGAUACUGUCAAGUCAUAUCAGGAAAGCGUCGCGUAAAGAGAACGUCUCGGGGCUUGCCACAGAUAUGAAAGCUUUAAUUUUAGUCGGCGGUUAUGGGACAAGAUUACGGCCAUUGACACUUUCACAGCCAAAACCACUUGUAGAGUUUUGUAAUAAACCUAUGAUGUUACACCAAGUUGAAGCUUUAGUACAGGCUGGUGUUACCCACAUUAUCCUAGCAGUUAGUUACAGAGCUGAAAUGUUAGAAAAGGAAAUGACUGCUCAUGGAGAAAGACUUGGAAUAAGAAUUACUUUGUCUCUUGAGAAAGAACCCCUUGGAACAGCGGGACCACUGGCAUUAGCAAGAAAACAUCUAAAAGAAGACAACGAACCAUUUUUUGUGUUGAAUAGUGAUGUUAUGUGUUCAUUUCCUUUUGCUGAAAUGGAGAAAUUUCACAAGGCCCAUAAGAAGGAAGGGACAAUAAUGGUGACAAGAGUGGAAGAACCAUCAAAAUAUGGUGUCGUUGUUUAUGAUCAGAAUUCUGGAAAGAUCUCAAGAUUUGUUGAAAAACCUCAAGUAUUUGUUGGAAAUCGAAUCAAUGCUGGACUCUACAUGUUUAAUCCUAGUAUAUUAGAUAGGAUUGAGCUUCGACCAACAUCCAUAGAAAAAGAAAUAUUCCCAGUUAUGGCAUCAGAAAGUUGUCUAUAUGCAAUGGAUUUAGAAGGAUUUUGGAUGGAUGUGGGUCAACCAAAAGAUUUUUUAACAGGAAUGUGUAUGUACUUACAACAUCUGAAAGAAAAAUCUCCAGAAAAACUUUACCAAGGAUCUGGUGUUUUAGGAAACGUUUUAGUGGACCCAUCAGCUAAAAUUGGUGAAAAUUGUCGUAUUGGUCCGAAUGUAGUCAUUGGUCCUGGUGUUCAUAUUGAAAACGGUGUGUGUCUAACACGGUGUGUUCUGUUAAAAAAUUCCACGGUCAAGUCACAUUCCUGGAUCAGCUCUUCUAUUAUUGGAUGGAAGUCUGUCGUUGGUCAUUGGGUCCGAAUGGAGGGUGUUUCAGUCUUAGGUGAAGAUGUCAUCGUAAAGGAUGAAGUCUAUAUCAACGGUGGACGUAUUCUACCUCAUAAAUCAAUCGGCGACUCGUGUCCUGAGCCUAAAAUCAUAAUGUAGACACCAGAAACCUGGGACGAGGCUUUGUAGAAACAGUCACGAUCACAAAUAUACACUGAUCUCAAAUUGAUACGUAUUCAGGAACAAUCAGUCAAAAUUGAGCUCAUUUUUAUAGGUACGCGAAGUAUCAAAGAAACGUUUUGUUACCAGUUUUGUUGCUUCAGUCUCGACAUUACCCAGUCUUUCUUUGCUGGCAUAAUUAUUUUGACGUCAGUGCGCGCGUGAGAUUAUUUUACUCUUUUCCCGCUUCAUUCUCACGUUGUCCAUUUUGAGAUCAGUUUUUUAAAUUAAUUAGUAUAAUUUUAGCCAAAAACUUAGUGGUUACCACCAGAGAAACAAAUGGCCAAGCCAUCGUAUACAUUUCGCCACUGGAACUGUCUCAACCAAAAAAAAUAAUGUUCUCAACCAAAAAAAAAUAAUGUUCUACUAUAACAACUAUAACGCGCCUUGUCACCAUUUUGUGAUUUUGAAUUGUAAUUAAUUUUGAACAAUGAUAUUAUCAAUGUAAUUAUGCCUGUGAUAUUGAAAGUGAGAUAUUGAAAUAAGUAAAUAAUAAUAUCCUGUCAGUGGUACAGUCGUCCUGAUAGUAAUAUGUGCUUGUUUGGUUCCUUAAUCUCGGGGUGUCAGAAUCAUGUUAACCAACCUCGUUUCCAGGGUCGUCGCCACUGGGCCUGGGUGCAGUGAUUUGUUUGCGGCCGUCAUCGCUUGGCAUUGUACCCGCCAUUGGAAAAUUAGUCCUUGUAGAGUACCACCAAAACAGCGCCGGGCAGACGAGCACUCAGGCUGAACGCAGCCUAAGAUUUUUGUAUGAAAAUGUAUCAUGUGGAGUGUUAUUUGUGGCGAAUAAUAUCUAAGAACAAAUGGCACUCACAAGUCAUAUUCUAGUGCAUUCUAUUUGCGGUGCAGGCAUUCAUAACCAGACCAUAUGAAACCACUCCCCUCCACAGAGGGUUACGAGGCAGAGAUUCCAGUCUGACCGGUUUUUU